UUUAGUUUGACUUCGGUUUCAAAUCGAUGGCACCGUCCUUUACCGAAUCGCGGCGACGUAAAAUGCACAUGGACAUCAGUGGCGGUACGCGGUGGCAGUGACCGUUUGCCAACCCGCGGGGGUGAGAAAUGUAAUUGGCGAUUGCCCCGUUGUGUGUUGGACAUCCUGGAUCGAAGUUGCUUAGGCACAGGGGGGUGUCUCGAGGGUGUCGGGAGUGCGCCCCCACAACCCCCGGUGCUGUCGCCGCGUCAUCAUCAUCCUGGAGAAGUAAUACCACCUAAAAGACAAGCAGUUGUCGACAGAUUACGCAGAAGGAUAGAAUCUUAUCGACGGAGACAAAUAGACUGUAUGCCGCGUUUUGACCAAUCAUUUAACGGUCUACGCGAGCAAAACCUACAGGAAACGCAACAGCUGAAGCAAAGGUACCUGGACGGGAAAAACAAACGCGUGCCGAAGGCCAAAGACAAAAAACAAACGGAUUCCAUACAGAGCAGCGUGCACGUGCAGCAAAAAUUUUUAAAACGCUGCAUAGAUGACCAAGAUCCAGGCGGGGGGCCUGACGAGCCCCCCGUUAAACUCCAAUGUACCACCCAACAUCCACAAGAUGGAGCCCUCACCAAAUUCUCGGUUGAAAUCGUACAACAAUUGGAGUUCACGACGUCUUCGGCGAAUUCCCAACCCCAGCAGAUCUCCACUAACGUCACCGUUAAAGCACACACGAACACCUCGGUUAAAAGCGACGUUGCCAGUCCCAAAUCGAAUCCUGAUACGCCGUGUUCGAAGAACAACACGGUCGACGUAACCAAUUUGGCGGAGUGCGUCAAACAAGAACCGGAUUACGAUUUUGCAGAUUUAGAUCAAUGCGCGGCGGCGCUCGAAAAAGACGGCGUCGUAAAUGGGGUCGGUUUCGGCGGUUUCGGAGAUAUUAUGGGUGAUGAUGCUGGGGAUGAAAUUAUGUCUUCGGACGCGUUAAAAGAUCUGAUCACCGAUAUAACGAAUCAUCCGGAAUUUUUGAAAGAAUUCGAUUUCGAUGAUAAAUCUGAAUUGGUAGCGAACGGUUUGAAAGUGGAAGAUUUGAAAGAUGUGAAUCCGAGCGGUAACCUUGGCGAGGCGGUGAAAAAUUUAAAUAGUCCAUUAAGUCAAAAUUAUUCACCGCCGAUUUUCGAAAGUAAAUCAAGAAUGCCAUCUUAUCCGAAUAUGGAUUUCACAAAAACCGAACUCAGUCCGGCCGCUCAAACGUUAAAACAAAUGGCCGAACAACACCAACAACAGCACAAAAACCAAAUGGGCAUUAACUUUAAUCCUAAAACACCAACUUCCCGCUCUCCGUAUCCCGAUUUUCCAUUAAGCGAUUACGGAAGUCCGAAUUCUUCGAGUUUCCAUAAAAAUAGUCCCGGUUUUCCACAACCGGAUACGAUGAUCAAACAAGAGAUGCUCUUCCAGAACAACGAGUACGAUAACAUGAAGAGAAAAGGUGCCGGAAUGUACAAACAACAGUAUUCACCGUAUGGGAGUCCUAGUGCUAAUCAUGGAAGUCCUGGAUAUCUUCCUGGAAGGGGAAACACUGGUAAUACUAAUGGAGGGAAUAAUUUCGGAGCAGGAACGCCGCCUACGCCACCUUCCGGGGCUGCGGGGGGAACUACAACAACGUUGCUAAUUAAUCAAGCUCAACAAUUACAUAUUAGUCAACAGAGUUAUGGAGGACAGAGUAUACAAGUUUCAGCAGGUCAACACCUUCAUCUUUCCGGCGACUUAAAAGGCAACGUAUCCAUCGCAACCCAACAAGGCAUGCAUUUCACCCAACACACGACAUCUUCAGGUCAAUCGUCCUCUCAACAACAGCAGCAACAAUCGGGAGCUUCCAGUCAAAAUCAACCGCAAUCGAAUCAAAAUCAAUCUCAACAACAACACGCGAAUCCAAUGCAAAGCAAUUUGAACAUGAACCAAGCGACUAGUAAUACGAUGGGGUCGAAUCAGACAACUGCAAAUACAAUGCAUAGUCCUGGUUUGAGUAAUCCAAAUAAUAACGGAGGGCAGGCUUCGAUGCAAGGCGGUAUGCAAAAUGGGUUGCAAAAUGUUGGUGGAAUGAGUGGUGGGAGUAUCGUUAAUAAUGGUAUGCAGCCGAAUAAUAAUAUGGUGAUGAUGGGUUUGAAUCCUCAAAGUCAUAUGAACCAACAAAACCCGUUGAGUGAUAGCUAUUCGAUGUCGCAAUCGCAAACGAUUAAUUUUACGCAACAAACGUUAAGACAAAGAAACGGUUUAAAUAAUUUAAGUAAUAUAGGUGUAAAUAGUAAUAUGGGAUCGCCUAAUCAAUUUGGUAUGUCUUCGAAUCCUAUGGGUGUUCGUCAGAUGACACCUCAAGUUUUAGAACACCAAAAAUUGCUUCAACAGCAACAACUUUUACGGCAACAACAACAACAACAACAACAGCAGCAGCAACAACAACAACAACAGCAGCAACAACACGUUCGCCCACCACCGCCGGAUUACAAAAGUUCCGCAAUGCUUCAAAACAUCCAAUCGAGGUUUCCAAGCAAUUCCGGAAUUCGCCGUAUGCCGCAUCAAACGAUGCCACCCUCUGGGCCUAUGAUGAUGCGCCCUCAAACUAUGUAUAUGUCACAACAACAACAUAUUUCAAGGGGGAUGUAUCGACCACAAACGAAUAUGAACGUUGAAACGAUGCCGCAACCGGGAUCAAUGGAAUGGAGGCACAUGUUGAUGUCGCAACAACAAAACGCCGGUUUUACACAACAAAUUAGGCCGAACUUUCAAGGCUUUAAUGUUAAUAAUGGGAAUAUGCAAAUGAACGCGAUGCAAUCGCAACAAUUUCGAAUGCAACGGGCUAUGGUUGGCGGAACUAUGCAUUCUGCGCAAGGGAUGAACCCCGGAAUGGGACAAGGCGGAGCUGUUGGUAUGGGACAAAUGAAUUCUAUGAAUCAAAUGAUGCACAUGCAACAACAGCAGAGCGUUAUGCAACAAGGAAAUAAUCAGAUGUCAAUAAAUGCUUUGCAUAUGCAACAAUCGCAGUCGAUAAAUAUAUCGAAUCAAACAAUGCAACAACAAGCCGCGGCGGCGCCACAAACAAUGGGUUCGCAAAUGAUGCCCAGCGCGACGACGAACAGUUCUUCCAUGAGUAGUUUUAGCCAGCAGGCGAACGAUUUCAGUUUGGAGUUUUUGGAGAACCUCCCUGGUACCGAUACCGGUCCAUUUUCCGAACAGGACCUCCUGAAUUCGUUCGACAACGAUUCGGGCUUUAACCUGCAGGACAUCCUGUAACGCGAGCCGACGAUCGAUUACGUAAGAUAAUACAUACUAUAUAUAAUAUAUACAUAUAUAUAUUUUUGUACAUAGUUUUUUAUACAUAUUUUUUCUAUAUCGGUUGAAUAUUAUCAUCACUACAAUUAAAAAAAAAAUACAUUUAUUGAUUAGUUAACGAAAAAAAUCUAAAAUAAAUAAGAAAAAUCAUUUAUUUAUAACGACGACCACACGAAUAAAUAUAAAAAAGAGAGUAAAAGAGAAAAAGCUUGUGUAUUUACCGUCUGCGUUUUAUGUGUAACAUGUAAAUAGUCGUUGAGAGUAAGUUUAUUGUAUAAGUUGAUUUCACGUUCGUUCAGUAAGCGUACACACACGUACUAAUCUCCGAUAUGUGCAAUUCAACCGUUUUUUGAUAUAAAAGAUCGUCGCCCCCCCGCCCUCUCAAAAUAACUUUUCCAAUUAUGAACGCUCUACCAAAAUGUUGCGUAGUAGACGAAAUGAAAAGGAAGGGAGAAAGAAAAGAUAAUUACAUACACUGCCAGUAUGAUGUAUGAUCAGAAUAAAUCGCGUGAAUUUGAUUAAAAGAAGAUACACAUUAUUGAGAAGAUAUUAUAUGAUGUGUUCAAUAACAUGGUUUAUUUCUUUUUAGGUCAAUUCUAAGUUGGUAAUAAAUAUUAAUCUUUGAGUAAGUUUCUAUUUGAUUUAUGUAGUCAUUAAGCGAUUAAUUUAAUCUUGAUUAGAAUCUUAUUUACCAGUAACUAGUUGUUAUAGUUUAUUAUUCGCUUAAUUAUUACAUAUAUCUGAUAUCAUUUAGUAAGAUCUUAGAAGGUUUAAGAAAAGAAUGGACCACAAAAUUAAUAUUGAUCAGAUAGUUUGUUUAAAUAGUAAGGUAACACACAAUAUGUGUUAUAUCACUUUAUAUUAGGCUCACUUGCUUUGUAUUGUUUAAAAUCAAAAAAUGAUGUGUUUUUGUGUUGUAGACAAUUAAUUUUUUCUUCUCCUGGGAUAUGUCUGGUAAUCUUAACCCGUUUAUGCAAGAAUUAAUUUUUUUUAGAUAUCCACCUUUCUACAUUCUUGGAACUAUUUUAUUAUCAUGCCAGCUUAUAAUGGUUAGUUUCCACCUCUCUUUUUCUUUUCUACCACUUUUGAAGGCAUUAUGGGACAUUUUUCAAUUCUAUUUUAUUUGAUACUGCCACAAGCCCUAAAUGCAGCUAGUCAAUUUGCCAUGGCUUUAGCACCAAUUUUUUCAUUCACUAGUCUAGAAAAUACGGUUUGGGCAAAACACCUCAAUGUCAUCUUUAAAUGGUCGAAAAUAUGCUACAUCUAGGGGUUGCAAAAAAUUAUUCGAAUUUGGAGAUAGGAAAACAAACUUUAUGUUUUUAUUUUGGCACUGUUGAAUCACGCCAAUUGUUGAAUGGCUGCUUAAAUUGUCUCUAAUGAUAACUUUGGGGCGGUCUAAAUUGUGCAUGUAAGGUUGUAUCCUGAACUUAUAAUACAGAAUAGCCUCCCUCUAUCCACCCAGAAUAUAUAUAUUAUGUUUGGCUUCCUAUCUACUAAUAUGGCAAACAUGAUACUUGUGCUAGACUUAGACGUGCCUAUUACUCUAUGGGCAUGUUUCAUUCCACGUUUUAGAAUCUGAUGAUGUUUGCCAUCUUUUAAGCUGUCUUUCAAUUCGGCAAAGUAUUUUCUAUUACAUCAUAAGUCACGGCUGCUCGAACUAUUCUGGUGUUUUCGCAAAAUUUAAUAGUUAGUCUCGGAUUUUCCUGAUUUAUUUAAAUAUUGUUGCACCAUGUAUCUUAUGUUAUAGCUCUUCAAAGAAAAGCUCCAUUUUGCACAGAGUAAGAGACCUUCACCCAAUAUCUCCUGCUCCAAAAACACUAGAACUGGAGGCCUGCCAUAUGCUAAAAGGUCGCCAAAGGUCGCAACUAAAAAUUGUUCAGAUGCUUUUCGUAUGCUCAUGGUUCCUCGUGUGCACUGAAAUAACGACAAUAAACGCAAAAAUUGCCAACUACCAUAGAAAUCCUGUAGUUGUCUAUGUUUUCAUCAUCCUGUCUACACCGCCUAUAAAUUUAUUGUAUUGAGCUACUAUAUGAGGUUAUUCAACUGGUAAUUUUUUCCUGUUUUGCCAACUUCAUUCCAACUUGUAAUGGUUAGUUUCUUUUUGUACUACUUUUGAAAGCAUUAUAAGAUACUUUUCAAUUCUUUUUUAUUUGAUGAUGCUGCAAUCCCUAAAUCCAACUUGUCCCUUAGUCACGAAUUUAGCACCAAUUUUUUCAAUUGUGUCAUUCAACAGUCUAGAAAAUACUGUUUUGGGCAACACACCUCGAUUUUUUAUUUACCAUUUUUGUAAGACACUGCGCCAUGCACCUUUAAAUGGUCAAAAAUAUGCUACAUCUAAGGGUUGCAGGAAAUGAUUCGAAUUUGGAGAUAGGAGAACAAACUUUAUGUUAUUAUUUUGGCACUGUUGCAUCCCGCGAAUUGUUAAAUUACUGCUUUAAUGAUAACUUAGUCAAACAAUAGUCAAAAGUGUUUGGUUGUAUCUUGAACCUGGAUAACCUCCCUCUAUCCACCCAGGAUAUAUAUGUUUGGCUUUAUACACCACAUAUAGUGGUAGUAACUUCCCAUCUCCUGAUGUGGCAAACAUGACACUUAGACGUGCCUAUUACUCUAUGGGCUUGUUUCAUUCCACGUUUUAGUACGACUUUUACAGCCCCAGGAUCAUCUGAAAAAUUGGUUUCGUCGUCAUUUAAUAUGUUUGCCAUCUUUUAAGCUGUCUUUCAAUUCGGCAAAGUAUUUUUCUAUUACAUCAUAAGUAUGCUCGAACUAUUUUGGUGUUUUCGCAAAAUUUAAUAGUUAGUCUCGGAUGCCUGAGCAUAAAAGCCUUAAACCAUAUAUAUCUCAUAGCCCUUCAAAGGAAAACCCCAUUCUGCACAGAGUAAGAGCCAAUAUCUCCUCUUCCAAAAAGUCUAGAACUGGAGGCUUGCCAUAUGCCAAAAGGUCAUCAUUUUUCAACCACCGAUUUAAUGUCGUGUAGGGAACUGCAAAUUAUUCAGAUGCUUUUCUUAUGCUCUUGGUUCCUCAACGAACCGCUAAUACUGCCCUUUCGAGAUAUUCUGGAUCGUAAUUUCGAUUUCCCCGUGGCCCAAUUUUUUUUAUAUAUUUUCUUGGCGUUUUUCAGUCUAAAAUAGGACAAUUAAGUAAGCAAAAAACCUGAUUCGAUUCACCUCAAUAAGUUAAAAUGUUUCAUAAAAUAAUCCGUAACUAACGAAAAAUACCGUCUAAAUCAAAAGUAAGGUUAUUGCGGCUUUAUUACACAAACUUAAGUUUCCAUGAUACCUACAGCUAUUUCUAUUUGAUGUGUGCAGCAGUUUGUUUUCAGAGUUUAUAAAAUCAGCAAAAGUUACUCUAAGAUUGCAGAAUUAUUUACAACAAACUUACCUCAGCUAUGAUGCCUCAAGUAUUACCAAACAGAAUAACAACAGCUGUUCACCUACCGCAAACUUCCACCCGCAUUAUUCCCGUUAUAUUUGGGUUGCAUAACUAUUUGGACUUUUAUCAGUCCAAGUAUAGCAGACUCUCCUACACCAAAUGCUGGUUCCUUUAUAGUUGAGUUUCUUACUUUUUUUUAUGGUUGUUACAUUUUCUUCUUUAUCCGCUGAAGUACCAUCUGCAUUUUCUCUCGUCGGUUUUUUCUCUUGGUAUGGUUCAAAUUGCGUCAAAUACCAAAAAGAUUCGCGGGUGCCAUAUUGGAACAACACAAUAAACCAAUAAUAGUAAUAUCGCCAAAAAAACACUUUAUUUCUUCAUUUGAAACUUGGAAAUUAAGAUCGCCCUUUUGCUCUACAAAAAUGAUCAUCAAGAAAAAGCUCAAAGCAUUCCACCGGAUUAAAGGAAAUAAGUGCUGAUUGCAUCAAUUUCUCAAAGUUUCCAGAAAUAAGACCGGAUUUUUGCCAAUUUCUUGUUUUCGGUAACUUCGUUUGUAUUUCUAACAAAAGUUCUUUGUCAGUAUUUGAUUUUUCGUCUAUCACCAAUUGUGAAAGUCAAUCCUUGAUUUGUAAUUUUCAGAACAAAGCUUAUGUUAUUAUUUUGGCACUGUUGAAUCACGCAAAUUUUUAAAUUACUGCUUAAAUUGUCCCCAAUGAUAACUUUGGUUGGUUGGUUUGAUUUAAAUUAUACUGGUUCGGUUGUAUUUUGAACCUGGAAGCCUCCCUUUAUUCACCCAGGAUAUAUAUGAUUGGCAUAUAUUUUAAGCUAUGUUUCAAUUCGGCAAAGUAUUUUUCUAUAACAUCAUAAAUCACGCCUGCUCGAACUCUUUUGGUGUUUUCGCAAAAUUUAAUAGUUAGUCUCUGAUGCCUGAGCAAAAAAGUUUUAAAUCAAUCCAAACCGGAUAAAUUGUCGCAGAACCUUUUCUCUCGUUUUCGUCAUUUAUUUAAAUAUUGUUGCACCAUGUAUCUUACAUCAUAGCUCUUCAAAGCAAAACCUCAUUCUGCACAGAGUAAGAGACCUUCACCCAAUAUCUCCUCCUCCUCCAAAAAGUUUAGAACUGGAGGCCUGCCAUAUGCUAAAAGAUCGUUGUUUUUCAACCACCAAUUUAAUGUCGUGUAGGGAAUUGCAAAUUGUUCAGAUGCGAUAUUCUGGAUUACCCAAUAUUCCGUAACUAACGAAAAAUACCGCCUAAAUCAAAACUAAGGUUAUGGCAGCUUUAUUCCACAAAAAUAAGUUCCCAUGAGACCUACAGCUAGUGGUAUUUGAUGUGUGCAGCAGUUUGUUUGAAGAAUUAUUUACAAGAAACUUACCUCAGCUAUGAUUCCUCAAGCAUCACCAAACCGACUAAUAACAACAGCUGUUCACCUACCGCAAACUUCCACCCGCAUUAUUCCCAUUAUAUUUGGGUUGCAUAACUAUAAGUUAAAAAUUGUACUAUUGUAAAUGGUAGGACUUUUAUCAGUACGAGUAUAGCAGACUCUCCUACACUAAAUGCUGGUUCUUUUAUAGUUGGUUUUUUACUUUUCUUGUGGUUGUUACAUUUUCUUCUUUAUCGGCUGAAGUACCAGUUGCAUUUUCUCUCGUCAGUUUUUUUCCUUGGUAUGGUUCAAAUUGCAUCAUUUACCCAAAAAUUUCGUAGAAGCACCACAUCUUGUAACAUUCACGAGUGCCAUAAUACAAGAUUCGGUUUUUACCUCCCACCACAUUCUAUAUAAUAUAUGAACAGCACAAUAGACAGAUAAUAGUAGUAUGGCCAAAAAACAAUUUAUUUCUGCAUUGGAAACUCUGAAAUUAAAUUCACCCUUUUGCUUUGCAUAUAACGUCGUCAUUUCUGCCAAAAAUGAUAUAAUAAUAAUAAUAAUUUUCUUCAGUUUCUCAGGAUUCAUCAGGACUUGUGCGUGCCAACUUCGUUUGUAUUUCUGGAAAAUUUUUAUUUGUCACUAUUUUGAUUCUUCGUUGAUUUGUAAUUUUUGGCAUAGCUUCCGCUUGAAGCUGUUAACCAUCGAAUUAUUGAUGUCUUUGCAAAAGUCUUGAUUGCCGCUAUCUUCAGCACCAUCAUCUGGAGAAGUGAUAAAAACAUCAGUAACCCAAAAAUCUUUGUCUUCUAUUACUUGUCUUCUGCAGUUGUGAAGGGUCUGAAAUUAUUAAAAAACUUUAUGGACCUGUUUAGCCAAUAUUGCAACUUUUGGGAAAAAGUGUUUUUUUUUAUACUUAUCGUAUUUAUUAUUAUAGAUGGAAACGUGUUGUUUCCUGCAAAAUCAUAUUGUGGCUAACAACAAAGUGUGGAGGGGGUGUUCCAUUAUUAGAACUGUGGGCAUAAACGGGUUAAACACUUCUUUGUUUAAAUUGGUGAUAAGAUGACACUAUCACUAGAUAUGACACUACAGUCCAUAGGGUCCACAGCUCCAACUUCCUUUACUCGAGACUCAUAAAUAUAUUUCUGUUGAAAGUUAGUCACAUCACAAUCUACAAAAACAUUUAAAAUUUUGAAUAACACUUAAUCCAUAGAUUGGAUGAAUGAGGUAAUAUUUGGUGUCAAAAAUGUUGCAAAUAUGUUUCCAGAAACCAACUUUGUUAUUUUAGCAGUUUAAGUUUUUUAAAGUUAUCUUUGACCUGUGGGACAAAGUGGUUUAAAAAACAGUCUUUAAAUAAUGUAAUUAAUUAAUCAGAGGAAUGCAUAAAAAA